UAUAGCUCAAAUUGGAUGGUCGCUUGUUAUUUCCAUUCCAAGUAUAAGUCGAGCCGAUCGAGCACAUAUAAAAAGAAUGGGAAGUCUGCCAAUAUUCGUUAUGGGACUGGAUCUAUUUCUGGCUUCUUCAGCGAGGAUCAAGUGACUCUUGGUGGCCUUGUAGUCCAAAAGCAGCUCUUUAUUGAGGCCACUAGGGAGCCGAGCGUCACUUUCUUGGUUGCUAAGUUUGAUGGCAUACUUGGACUUGGAUUUCAAGAGAUAUCGGUUGGGAAUGCGGCACCGCUUUGGUAUAACAUGGUCAACCAAAGCCUAAUUAAGAAGCCUGUGUUCUCCUUCUGGUUUAACCGUAAUGCGGAGGAUGGGGAGGGAGGUGAAAUUGUGUUUGGAGGUGCUGACCGUGAUCAUUACAGGGGGGAACACACUUAUGUCCCUGUUAGUCAGAAAGGUUAUUGGCAGUUUGAGCUGGGAGAUGUCCUAGUGGGUGGUCAAUCAGCUGGAUUUUGUUCUCAAGGUUGUGCGGCUAUUGCAGAUUCUGGAACUUCUUUGAUUGCUGGUCCAACAACUGUUAUAGCAGAAGUAAAUCAGAUGAUUGGAGCUGCCGGUGUUGUAAGCCAACAGUGCAAAGCUGUAGUUGCACAAUAUGGGGAAAAGAUUAUGGAAAUGCUUGUGGCUAAGGAAGAACCUGCAAUGAUCUGUUCUCGGAUUGGACUGUGUUCUUCCAGCGGAAAUGGAGUUAGCAUUGGCAUCAAGAGCGUGGUUAAUGACAAUGGUGAGAAGUCGACUGGUGGUGUGGAUGAUUCUUUCUGUACAUAUUGUGAAAUGGCAGUUGUAUGGAUGCAAAAUCAAGUCGGGCAGAACAAGACCAUUGAGCAGAUAUUAACCUACAUUGACAAGUUGUGUGAGCGGCUUCCUAGUCCGAUGGGCGAAUCAUCUGUGGACUGUGAUAGUCUUUCCUCCAUGCCUGUUAUUACUUUCACAAUCAGUGAUAAGAAUUUUGACUUGAAACCAGAGCAGUAUGUUCUUCAAGUCACGGAGGGUGGCACAACCCAGUGCAUCAGUGGAUUCGCUGCUUUGGAUGUGGCUCAGGGGCCUCUUUGGAUAUUGGGUGAUAUCUUCAUGGGAGCAUAUCACACUGUGUUUGAUUAUGGCAACCUGAGAGUUGGAUUUGCAGAAGCUGCUUAGACACAUAAUCGGCUACUGUUAGUACUAUAAAUUGCUGAUGUCCAAGUUUAUGUUAUCCUAUAAUGAAGGAGACUUGCUAUGUGUAUAUCGUGUGUUGUGGCUUUGCAGAUGUGUGACUUUAACAGUUAUUGCUAUUUCACUGUAGUGUCUGUUGUGUCUGUUGUAGUAUCUUUCAGACCUGGCCCUAGUAUGUAAUGCUUAUUAUAAAACUCGUCUGUCUAUUUUCUACCAGACUUUGUGAACAGAGUGAGCUUUGCCGUGCAAAUUUUCCUGCACUAUAAUAUGAUAAAGGGGUGCAAGCCUCUCAUCAAGGACACAAUGUA